UUUAGAUCUUGUGUUUCAGACUUUUAGUAUUACUGAAUUUCAUUUAUGCUAGGCUAGAGCAGUACCUCUGUACUUGUUUGCUUCGUGGCACACUUCAGAUCCGUUGAUUCGGCGUCGUUUUUGGAGAUCUGUAUUUCGUUAUCUGGUAUAGAUAUGAUUGCGAUCAUUGAUCUGCGAAUAGCAGCUUUAAAGCUGUGAUUUCGUUUCAUUUCUGGAGUGAUUUCGAAAUCGUAUUUGCUUGAUAGAGGUGAAAUUGUGCGGACCGAAGAAGUAGGGGAACUGCUCUCAGAGUCUCAGUGCUCUGUUAUAGAUUAGAGACUCGAUGCUUUUAGUGUUUCCAGAUUGCGCAAUUCACGGGCCCUUGCGUCGUCCAACUAGAAUACCUUUUAUCUGAAUUUUGAAUGAUGGCGAGUUAUCUGUAACAGAUAUGAGCUGUCAGCUGUGGUGUCUGGAGGAGAUCCUGUUUUGAUUUAUUGAUCUCAAACCUUAGUUUGAGUGUAACUCAAAAAAUUAGGUUGAGUAUGAGAUUCCAAAUUACAUUAACAUAAAAUUUAGUUAAAAUUCCUUUUUUCUUAAAAAAGCAGUUGUUACUAACUUAUUAACUGUUCGCAUUAAGGCAUUAUGCACAUGACUUGUGCUGAAAAUGUCGCAAAAUUAAUUAAUAAACUAAAUCAAUAAUGAUGCUCGUGCCAUACGACCAUGGAAUAAUUUCAAUGAAACUGGUAGAGAAGUUAAGCAGCUGUUUGGAAACGAACAUGCUUCCGGAUUUGAUUCUGCCACUUAUGGAAGACAAGGUGGAUCUAACUUCUAUACUAUGCAACAUGACAAGGAGGACCAAUGUAGUAGACAAUCGGAACAACAGAGUUGCGCUUUUUGAUGGCAUUGAGGAGGGGGGCAUCAGAGCUCAAUCUCUCUACUCUUCUUCCCAUGAAAUUGAUGAGCAUGAUAAUGAGCAAGCAAUGGAUGGAUUGCAAGAUAGAGUCAAUCUCCUGAAAAGGUUAUCAGGCGAUAUACAGGAGGAGGUGGAUAGUCAUAAUCGCAUGCUGGAUCGUAUGGGGAAUGAUAUGGAUUCAUCAAGGGGAAUCCUUUCAGGCACUAUGGACAAAUUUAAAAUGGUAUGUUGAACAAGUAAUUGUAGUCCCCUUUGGAGAGCGUCUUUUUUUUUUUAAUUAUUAUUAAUUUUAUUCUUUCCUUUCUAUUAUUUCUGCUCUGCUUGUUUUCAUUUUUGUUGGGGUCUUGGGGAUAAAGAUAAGAUAAUGGAUGGGGUAGGUGGAGUUGUUUCCUUUGUUC